AAUUCCUCUCAACUGAGAAGCCGCCAAACGUUUACCAGCGUUUCCAGGGAGAACAUUUGGUGUGGCAUACGCUUCACAUAAAGUUUACAGCGGUAGCUGUAAAAUCAAGUUGUGAAAAAUACACUGACUUGACAAUUUCACUGCCUUUGUGCACACAGUAACAGUGAUUCUCCCCCCCACACACACUCUCAACAUGUGCGUGUGUGUGUGGGGGGUGGUUACAUAAUCCAAGCAAUGCAGUUUUCAUGCGGCAUUGUCCAUAUGACUAAAUCCAAUCCCCACCUCCGAGGAUGUGUGUGUGUGUGUGUGUGUGUGUGUGUGUGUGUGUGUGUGUGCGUGUGUGUGUGUGUGUGUGUUACCGGACAGUAGGAUGUAAGCCUCUUAGCUGAGCGCUGACUCAGGACACAUGCAAGAAAGAGACACAAACUGUGAACUAUGAGUGAUGAAAAUGUUCAUUUCAACUGACCACCUGUGGUGGGACAAUUAUCAGCCUCUUCUUCACUAAGAGCUUAAAAACUGUGCCAUUCCAACUGUCACCUGUUGAAACAGCCAAAUGACCCUUCUGAUAUUAAAGUGAACACGUAACAUUGUUGUCGUGACAAGUUGUUGCUCAUUUUCAGAUAUACAGCACCUAAUUAGUGCUGAUCCCAAAGCGGAGGCAUAAAACUGACUAAUCCAAUUUGAAUCUCGUCUCUGCUCUCCUUUGCAGCCUUCAUAGUGCCGCCAAGAGGAACACGUAUCCCACUAAAUAUGAAAGGACUUAUAUUUUGUCUUUUUGCUAUAAUGAUGCUCAUGUCUGCUCAAGGUGAAGAAGAAGAGUCUUUGGAGCAGGUUAUGGAUGCAAAAGGACUUGAGGAAGAGGAGGAGCUUCUGCAGUGCUUCCGCUGCGACCUGGGCUUCUGGGAUGUCUGCUAUACCACCAAAAUUAACUGCAGCCGUGGGGAGCGCUGCUUCACAGGCCGUGGGAAGGCCGCUGACGUCCUGGAUGUAAAGACGUUGGGCUGUGUGAAAGCAGAGGAGUGUAACAUGGAGACCACUGUGGAGCUCUUCUCCAACAACACCAUCUUUGUAAUGACCAAACAUUGCUGCGACACCCCCUACUGCAACUCGGCGUGGAAACUUCAGGCUGAGACACUUUUAUGCAUCACUGUGGCGUUCAUGAUGUCCUGGCGCAUUGCAGGGGCCUCCACACAUUGA